AUGAGCUAUAAUACAAAACUUAUAUCUGGUUUUUACUACCAACAGUUUCCUAUAACAGGAAAAGGUGUCAUACAAGGUCUAUCUAUUCCAUUGACUUUAAGUACACCUAUUUUAUAUAUUGUUUCAAACUUAGGUUCAAAGUGCUAUUCGAAUGUCGACAGAAACUACUAUGACCAAAAGAUACUCAUGCGUAUAAACAACACUUUCUCUGCUGGUUUGCCUAUUGUUCAUUCGAAUGCAGAGUUUUCAGCUUUAGUAAACUCAAACACUUUAGCAAACAUAAACUUAACCUUAGUUGACGCAAACUUUGUUCCUGUAAAACUUUUAUGUCCUAUGUAUUUGUCAAUGACGGCAGAAAGUUUCGAAUUGGAAGAUGCAACUGGUGAAAGUAUUGUACUACAAGAACAACUUCAACAACAAAUAGCUCAAGAACAACAAAUGCAACAAAUGCAACAACAAAGUCAAGAAUAA